AUGACGACCGUCUUCCGAAAUGGGCGUAUCUUCGUGCCCUCGUCCACGCCGGCGCAAGAGUCCCACAACUUUGCCGAUGCAAUGAUCAUCACCGAUGAUCGUAUCUCCUACGUCGGGGCUCAGGACCAGGUGGACGUACCUGCGGACGCGACGGUCGUCGACUUGGACAAUCGCGUCGUGGUCCCGGGCUUCAUUGAUGCCCACGUGCACAUCCUACAUUACGGCCAUUCUUUGCAGAAAGUGGACCUGAUCGAGUGCGCAUCACUCGAGGAGAUCCGGGCCAAGAUUAAAGCAUACGCAGAGGCCAAUCCAUCUGUACCGCACAUCUUCUGUCGUGGGUGGAUUCAAGCGACGACGAAGGGAGUGGCAUUGGCAAGUAUGCUGGACGAUCUGGACCCGAGACCGAUUUAUAUCGAUGCCUUUGAUCUACAUUCCAUGUGGUGCAACUCUGCGGCCCUGAAAGCCAUGGGUGCAGAUACAGCCCCGGAUUUACCGGGAGGCUGUAUUCACCGGGAUGAACAUGGCCGGCCGUCUGGUCUCUUGGAUGAAUCGGUCGUGAUGAACAUGGCAUGGCCGUACGUGGAGAGCCUGCACUCCAAAGCAGAUAAGCUGGCCGCGCUGGACGAGGCUAUUCGUGCCUACAGUGCAGCGGGGUAUACCGGUGUGGUCGACAUGGCCAUGGAUGAGCCCACGUGGGAGAUUCUCUCGGAAUACCGUCGGGACCGAUCCAUCCCGUUCCAUGUCGCGGCCCACUGGCUCGUACCAUACACCGAAGACCAAGAGGCCAAUUUCAAGUACGUCGAUCGUGCCAUUGAGUUGCGAUCUCAAUUCACCGAACCGGACUUUUGCGUGGUCGGGAUCAAACUCAUUUGCGAUGGCGUGGUGGACGGAUGCACCGCGGCUUUACUUCAGCCAUACACCGGAAAGGAAAGUCUCGUGGAACCCAUCUGGCCCGAGCAUCAACUCCGCGAGGUCGUCCGGCGCGCAGACGCAGCCGGACUACAAUGUGCGAUCCACGCAAUCGGCGACCGUGCCGUUCACCAAGCCAUCAAUGUGCUGUCGCAAGUCGGAACUCCCGGUCGUCGACACCGGAUCGAACACCUGGAGUUGACCACCUCCGAGGACGCCAAACGCCUCGGCGAGCUGGGCAUCACGGCCUCGGUACAGCCCGUUCAUUCGGACCCGGCGCUGUUCAAAGCCUGGCACGAUCUUGUGGGCCCGGAUCGUUGCCAGCGCGCCUUUGCAUACAAGGACUUCUUGGAUGGAGGAGCACCACUGGCGUUUGGCACAGAUGCGCCCACGGCGCGCAAUCUUCCAUUUCCAAAUCUCUACAAUGCGACUACACGGCGGUCUGCACUCGAGCCGGAGAGUACGGACACGGUCAAUACCCAAUACAAAGUAACACUAGCACAAGCUGCCACGGCGGCGACGGCAGGAGCCGCGUAUGCACGGUUUGCAGAGUCAUGGACAGGGAAGCUGCAGUCGGGCUUGGCUGCCGAUUUUGUCGUUGUCGACACGCAAUGGUCGGCGGAGAAGUUGCUCGAGGCCAAGGUUUGCCAAACCUGGUACAAGGGGAAGAAGGUUUUUGACGCGAGUCAGUCAUGA